CAUCAUCAAUUCAUCAUCAUCAGCUCCAUCUCGCGCGGUUCCUAUUGGCGACUAGGUUACUCGUAAGCCUAUAACUGGGUUUGUUUGACCUAUCUCUCAGAUUUUAUUUUUCCUGGAGAAGAAGAAAAUGGUGUCUGGGUUGAUUAACGAGAACCCAAUCAUUUACCCGAAGAAAGAGAGGCGUCUCCGAUCUGAUUCAAGCAAUACAGAUGAGUUUACACCUGAGCCAAUUGAUCAACUUGAGAUUUUUGAUCAUAUAAGAGAUAUCAAAGAUCCAGAGCAUCCUAAUUCUCUGGAAGAUCUCAGAGUUGUCACAGAAGACUCAGUUGAAGUGGAUGAUGAGAACAGCUAUGUUAGGGUUACGUUUACGCCAACUGUGGAACAUUGUAGCAUGGCAACCAUUAUCGGUCUUUGUGUUCGCGUGAAACUUCUACGAAGCCUUCCAGCUCGAUACAAGAUUGAUAUAAGGGUAGCACCUGGUAGUCAUGCAACAGAGGAUGCAGUGAAUAAACAACUUAACGACAAAGAACGUGUCGCAGCUGCACUAGAGAAUCCAAACCUCGUGGAGAUGGUCGAUGAAUGCCUGCUUCCUUCAGAUGAGUGAAUUGGUUUUACUCUCUUGUGAGCAAGUGAGUACACAAAGCCUGGUGGUCUCUCAGGGUACACUAUCCAUACAUGUCUCUGUUUUAUCUGCUAAGAUUUUGAUCCAUCACUAUCCAUACUAGGACUUACAUUGUAACUCUUACUCUGAUUUCAAGUUUGUUCCCAAUCAUUUCAAUAAAGUCUCAA